GAGUCACAUGGGCUAGGGUCUGUUUACAAACUAGUGGGAGCUAUCACACAAUCACAGAAGAAUGUAGAAUAUAGAAUACACGCACAAAAAUGAAAUCUCUCAGAAGGCAUUCUUUAUCACUGACUAGCUGAUGUGGCAACAGAAAUAAUAAAAGCUGAACUAUAACCUUAUUUCUGCUGUUCUCUGGAUGCAUUUUCUGAAUUUAGUUGCUGGAACGGGAAAAGAUUUUUAUGAACCUGGGAAGGUUGUCUGCCCUUUCAUUAUAAGGAAGCUUGCAGAUAAAGUGCAAAAUAUAAAAGAGAAAAUAACCACUUAUUUUCUGCGAGGAAGUGUAACUAUGGCUUAGCUCGUCAGCACAGUAAGCACUCCCUCAACAUGCCCACAUCUGGAUUUUAUGAUCUGCCAUUGAAUGCCUAUGUCAUCAUCCUAGGAACAGGCCUCCUAAUCUCGCUGCUCGGCAUGAUAUUCUGCUGCUACUUCUUCAGGAUGAGGCAGCAGGGCCAGCAAGACCAGUAUGGGUACACUGAGGUUGUUUUAAAACAUAAAGAAAAGAAGUCCAGCCUUCUAGGGCAAGUAUGUGCAGUAUGCCUAGAAGAAUUCAAAGCGAAGGACGAACUUGGAGUAUGUCCAUGCACCCAUGCAUUUCACAGAAAAUGCUUGGUAAAGUGGCUUGAAAUUCGCAGUGUUUGCCCAAUGUGUAAUAAAACCAUCUCCAAACUGGUACAGACACAUCCAGGGACACACCAGCAAGAAAAUGAGCAAAUCUGAGGCAGAAGGGACCAUUAAUUUAAUAAUCAGUUGUGUGGCAUCGCAAGAGACUCAGAAGUUUGGAAGUACAGCUUUCAUCAGGAUAUGAUAAAUCAGUGGAUUUUUUUUUAACUAUACAAAGUUAAUGAACAAAAACAAGAGAGGCUACAGAAUGAAAAACAAGAGAAGCCCGUUCAUGCUUCCUGUAUACAAUAAAGUAAAAAACAACCUUUUAGACAGUAAUAAGCAUUAGAAAAUAUUACUGUUGGAAAUCAUCCUAUUUGCUGGGGUAUGACCUGCAGAUGAAGGCAUAGUAGAACACUUUUCAAUGUCUUACAGUUUAUUGUCUUUGCUGUUUGUUUAAUUAAGUGAGCAGUACUUCAUAACAAUCAAGAUUCUGAGGAGUCCUCUGUUUGCUUGACAGUCAGUUUCAGAAUAACUCCCAACUGGCAAAAGCCCAAUAGCAUCAGAUAAGGCUAGUGUAGUGGGAUACUCCUGUUACUCUGAGUAUCGGUGACCACAGAAGUGUUAAAUUAAGAGACUGCAGGGAUAAAAACUAUUUGUCCCCAUGUGCACAUAAAAAACGAUUUGAAAUUACUGUGAAUGUCACUUCAAACAAAAAUUCAAACAAACAGCAUUCAUGCAGGUAUUCUGUGGGGAGUAAUGCAUUGUGGAUUACGUGAGCUUGACAAAUAAUUGGAAAAUUAUUGUAAAAGAUAAUGCCAAAACUUUAUUAACCUUUUUAUAAUUACAGAUCAAUAUUUGUUACAAAUCUUUUAAAUGACCAGCAGAUUCUGCAAAUAAAAUAAUGUGAAAAUA